CAGAGGUCGCAGCGGAGCGGAAGUUGUUGGCCGCUCCUGCCGCUGCAGCAAACAGGCAGCUUUUAGCAGGCUAACGCGCGUCUCAACGCGCCCUGGAUGUUUGUCACAGCGGAAGGAAAUCAUGAAAACUCCCGAAAUGUGCGAAAGAGGAAGCCGGCACGUCCAGGGAAAUGAGUGUCACCGGCGUCGCCUCCGAAGGAGCGGAUAAGCUAGCGUAAAAACAAACCCGGAAGUGUUGCUGAAGCUCCCAGCAGCAACAAUGAGUGCCAAAUAUGGCCUGGUGAGCUACAACAGUUCACGGAAGCACAUUUCAAUCUCCAUCCCGGCGUCCACGGAGGUGAUGUCGCCCCACAUAAAGUCUGUAGAGGAGCUGAGGGUCCUGGGAAUCAACCUGAGCAGCUUCAGCCCCCCCACGCAGUUCUUGAUCUGCGUGGCCGGAGUCUUCCUCUUUUACCUCAUCUAUGGAUACCUGCAGGAGUUGAUAUUUUCAGUGGAAGGAUUCAAGCCUUUUGGUUGGUACCUCACUCUGAUCCAGUUUGGCUUCUACUCCAUGUUUGGACUCGUGGAGCUUCAGCUCACGCAGGACAAACGGCGAAGGAUACCGGGGAAGACCUAUAUGAUUAUAGCAUUUCUAACAGUGGGCACUAUGGGCCUGUCCAAUACCUCCCUGGGCUACUUGAACUACCCCACACAGGUCAUCUUUAAGUGCUGUAAACUCAUCCCAGUCAUGAUUGGAGGAAUCUUUAUACAAGGUAAACGCUAUAAUGUGGCUGAUGUGUCUGCGGCCCUCUGCAUGAGUCUGGGACUGGUAUGGUUUACGUUGGCAGACAGCAAAGUGGCCCCCAGCUUCAACGUCACAGGUGUUCUCCUCAUCUCCCUGGCGCUGUGUGCCGACGCCGCCAUCGGAAACGUGCAGGAGAAAGCCAUGAAACUGCACAAUGGCUCCAACUCUGAAAUGGUGCUGUACUCGUACUCCAUCGGGUUUGUCUACAUACUGACCGGCCUGCUCUGUGUAGGUGGACUCGGGCCAGCGGUGGCGUUCUGCUCAGAACAUCCCGUGAAGACGUACGGUUACGCCUUCUUCUUCUCUCUUACGGGUUAUUUCGGCAUCUCCUUCGUGCUCGCCUUGAUCAAGCUCUUCGGUGCCCUGGUUGCAGUUACAGUGACCACCGGGAGAAAGGCCAUGACGAUCGUACUUUCCUUCAUGUUCUUUGCAAAACCUUUCACUUUUCAGUACAUCUGGGGCGGCCUUCUGGUGCUCUUCGGCAUCUUCUUGAAUGUUUACAGUAAAAACAAAGAGAAAAUUAAGCUUCCCUCCAUCAACGACCUUAGGGGCUGGCUGCUGACAGGAAAGAAAGUCCGAUUUCUCUCUCAAAAUGUAUAGGAGGCACCCACGGGCGUAGCGGAGGUCCUGCGCUGGCAGACUGAUGAUUGUCUGCCCAGAUAGGGAGUUGUCCCGCCUGACUCGGCCUGCAGGAGCAGGCGCCCGAGCGGCCAGCCACAUCAACACUGAGCCAAGGAUGGGAAUACAAGGUGUGACCAGCAAUCGGAUGGAAAUACUGCUGACACGCAAUUAAACUAGGACGGUGUGACACAGCCGCUGUAUCUCAUCAACAUGUACCAGUAUACCGCUGGUGUAGAACCGCCUGAAAUCACUCAAACUCUCUGCAGCAAACUGAAGGAACAAACUAUUUUUUACAAGGGGGAUACAUUUUUAAAGAAACGCUUCAGAGCCCCACACAAACAUUCCCAACAUGGAGGACAACACUGAGGACUUUUCUAAAGGGAAGCCAGCGCCUUCGUGAACCAAAUCGCAGAGUUUUGCACGGGAAAACAACUCGUACACAUAAACCCUUGAGUGGUUGGAGAAGUGUUGGAAGGAAAGAGUACCGAGGCGACGUGCUAUCCUGUCACGACUGCGCCCCCAAUCCUAAAAGAAAAAGAUACAUAUUAAUAAAAAGGCAUAUUUGCCCCCGCAUGUGCCAGAAAUAGGGAACUUUGUUUUAUAUGAUCAUUGUCUUGAUGGAAGUGGCUUUUUUUUCUCCUUUUUCUUCUUCAUAGUUUAUUGGUAAUUUAUAUCUGGCUCAUGAAUAUUGAAAAAAUGUGUGAUCAUGUGGUGACAUUUUGGGCAAUAUGGAGGCAUUUGCUCCAGUGUACAUCAAAAGAAUGUCCGCUGCUCUAAUUUGCUAGCCAUAUGUUUGGGUGAAAGGUUGUUUGUUUUUGCACAUCAAAAAUAAAAAUUAAGACAAUUCUCUCAAA